AUGAGCGAAAAGAUCGUGGACGAAACAGAGACUAAAAGUGUCGUCGUGUCUCAGACAGCUGAAAGCGACGAGACUGCCUGGCAGGCAAUCCGAGCCCAGCCAAAAGUCUUUGCGUGGUGCGUGUAUGCCAUUUUCGUGACGUUUCUCAACAGCUUCGACUACAAUGCUGCGGGAUCGGUCAUUUCGAUUCCAGAAUUUCGAAAGGACUUUGGCUAUCUGUAUGAAGGAGAAUGGACUUUGGAGGCAGACUGGCAAUCGGCUUUCUCUGGUGGUGCUUUGGCAACGUCUAUCAUCGCUUCCAUGCUCAUAGGCUCUGUCGCUGACAGAAUCGGACGACGGCCUUCGUUCAUUGGGGCAUUCGCGUUCAUCUUCGCCGCCAUUACCUGCGAAUUUGUCGCCACCUCCAACGCGGUUUUUUGCGUCGGCAAGCUUCUCUCCGGCGUUGGCCUUGGAAUCUGUGCCACCAUCACCAUGACUUACGUCGGUGAAAUUGCGCCUUUUCGGUUGCGAGGCAUGCUCACAGCUGCGUGUGCCGUGGCCUUCAACGUUGCACCGCUUAUCUCCAGCGUGAUCAUCAAAGGUACGGGCAAUUAUACGAAUCGAUGGGCCUAUCGAGCUGUUUUCACGGCCCAGUACGGCUUCACCGGAAUCGGGUUCUUGCUGGUCCCAUUUAUCCCUGAAUCGCCAUGGUAUUACAUGAAUCUGGGCAAGACCGAACACGCAAGGAAAACUCUGGCCCGGCUGGGGUAUUCUCCUGCGGAUACUGAGAAGAAGAUCUCCGAUUUGGCUGUCUCGAUUGAAGAAAGUCGAAGACUGGCCGAUGGAGCAACCUAUUUUGAAUGUCUUCGAAAGACGAAUCUGCUCCGAACCCUCUCUGCAGCGGCCCCAAUGAUCUUUCAAUCUCUGUGUGGAAUCCUUUUCGUCAAUGGCUACCUCACUUACUACGCCGAACUCUCGGGCUUCUCGACCAGUCUAAGCUACGACAUCAGCAUUAUCUACGCCGUCCUCUCCAUCCUGGGCAACUUCAUUGCUAUCGGUUGUAUCGACAAGGUUGGACGUCGGAACUUGACAGUCUACGGCAUCAUGUCUUUAACCGCUCUGCUCUUCGUCACUGGAGGCAUUGCCUGCAUCGGAAGCGUCCCGGCUAUCAAAGCCACGGUCAUUCUUUUCCUCGUGUAUAGUCUGAUUUACAAUGCAAGCCUUGGUACAACCGGCUACGCGGUCCUGACAGAACUUCCAACCGCUCGCCUCCGUUCCAAGACAGUGUCACUUGGAUUUUCAUUCCAGUAUUGUCUCUAUACCAUGUGGGCCUUUGUCCUUCCAUAUCUAUUCAACCCGAACGAGGCAAACCUGAAGGCCAAGGUCGCGUUCAUCUUUGGUGCUUUCUCUCUUCUUGGAUGCAUCUGGACUUGGUUUUUCCUGCCUGAGAUCGCAGGUCGGACGUAUUACGACAUCGACCAAAUGUAUCACCUGAAAGUCUCUCCGAGAGCUUUCAAGUCCUACGAGUUCGAGCCAGAAGGCCAACCUGUCUCUCCAUAA